AUGGAGAAUAGGACUUGAUUGAACCAGGGUUGGUUUCUUGCCCAAAUCACAUUAGAUACUCGUGCCCCACUUCCCUCAGCUCACAUUCACACUUGCCUCGGAUCAUCGGCAGCAAUGGAGGUGCCAGGUCGUCAUCGUCAUGCCUCUGAAAUUCAGUCUGCCGCUCCUUCUAGUCUGUCGGAGAGCGUGCGCAGUUACCGCUGCAUCUCUGCAGCCAACAUCACCGCAGCUCCGGAGGGCUGGGCGCCAGGUGACGCUGCUUCCUAUUGGUGCAGUCAAGUUGAGGAGUCCACCCAUCAAGGUCCCUUCCGACGCAUCUGGAUGGGUCCUCAAUUCACCUUCCGUCCUUAUCCCUUCGGGAGUGGCGAGAUGCCGAAGACGGACUCCUUCCUCUACAAGCUCACCACCAGCAGCAAUCCCUGCCUGUCGCCCUCCGAGGUCGGAGGCCAAUCUGCCUGCACUUGUGGAGGUGGCGGCAUGGCGGCUAUCUCUGCCUCAUCUCUCAACGAGGCCCUCUGUUUUGCCAAUCCUCGUGGUGUUAGCGCGGGUGCCCAUCAGACUUCUCUCUGCUGUGGUAAGUAA